AUGAAUGGCGUGGCGGCAUUGGAGCAACGGGCACCACUACCAUCAGGACUGUCAAGCACUGGUUCGCUCGCUUCGCAAGCGGAAGCACGGACUUUGGAGACAACCCCCGGUCGGGACGCCCCCACACUGUCGAAGACUCCGCCAUUCUCGAAACCGUCAAAGAGGUUCCGGAGAUCAACAUCCGCAGUCUUGCGACGAGACUUGGGUGUAGCCAUUCAACAGUUGUCAGUCGCCUCCAAACCCUCGACUACAGAAAAGUGCUGGCUCGAUGGACCCCUCCCACCUUGA